GAGCAGGCGGCGGCGCUGCGCGAACAGGGCGUCGCGCUGGCCGAGCUGGACCGCUUCUGGGAGGCGCUGCGCCUCUGGGACGAAGCGCUGGCGCUGGCGCCGGCCGACGCGGAGCUGCACGAGAUGCGCGCGCAGGCGUUGCUGCGCCAGCACGAGCUACAGCCAGCGCUGGAGGCGGCGGCGUGCGCGGUGCGCCUGCGGCCGCGCUGGUGGCCGGCGCAGCAGACGCUCGGCCGCGCACUGCUCGGACUCGGUGAGCUGGGCCUGGCGCGUCGCGCCUUCUCUGUGGCCAUGCGGCUGCAGCCGGAUACGGAGCUGUGGCGCGAGGACCUGCUUUGGAGCUGCCGGCUGCUGGAGCGCGCGCGCCGCCGCCGCGCUCAGGGCGGCGAGAUGAGCGACGCUGGCGGCGUGGUGUCACCGGCACAGACCGAUGAGGUGCGCGCCCUGCUUGGGCUUGACGAGCGCGUGGCGGCGGCGGUGGCGCGCUGCCACGCGGACUGGACGCCGCUGGCCGAGGACAGAGCGGAGGAGGAGGAGGAGAGAGCGCGCGCCGAGGAGGGCAGCGACGAGUCGGACGUAGAUAUGGGUGCCGGGGACCCGCAGCCGCGUGGAAGGGCAUGAUAGCGACAUUCUAGCGGUUCUGUGCGAUCCGUAGCGCGGCUUCUGAGCGAUGGUACGCAGCGCGAAAAUUAUUGAUGGUUCAGGACGUGUCAACGGUAAGGGUAAAUGAAGGCCUUGGCCGUUGUUGGACGACUGAAUAUGUGUUGAUU